AUGGAAGCAGAAGAAACAAUGCGUUGCAAUACAGAACCCCAGCUAUUUCCUGGAAACCGCUCACUUCCAGACCUGCCAUUAAUAACAUUACAAAAUAUUCCCUUGCAGACUGUAAUGGCACCGAUUGACGUCGUGCAGCCCAAUGUUGAGGAGGAGUUUGAGGUAUCAUGCUAUCUCAACAGCAUAGUGCGAAAAACAACAAAUAAUAUUGUUGAAGUUGCACAGGGAAUCAAAGCCGAAAAAUUUGCUUGGUUUAUUGGUGUGCUUGGUCUGUUUCCCUAUGGCAUUAAUGGUCUUCAGCAACCGCGACCAGUGACGAUUACACCGCUAGACUAUUUCCAAGUAAGAAUGUUAGGCGAUGAUAGACGAUUUCAGCGUAAUGAUUAUUUAUUCUACGCACUAUCGCUAUUCGAGUACUAUCGAGUUAAAAGUACUAUCUCGGCGUGUGGUAAUAAAAUACGGAAUCAAGAAGGAUAUAUUGAGGACGUUCAUCUGUAUAUCAAAAACCUCAAGGAAUACGAUGCUUACCGGAGAGCCGCCGCUUUGAAUGACCUCUUGGCUCAAACCAGGACGUUGGGACCACCAACGUACUUUCUAACAUUUAGUUCAAAUGAUCUAAAUUAG